AGAAACUGGGUUUGUCGACUUUCAAAUUCGCAUAUAUUGUUAUUCUUUCGCCAAGGUUCUGGCUGGGCAACUGGACUCAGAUCAAACUCAGACAAGAAGUAAAAUGGUGAGUUGUUUCAGCUACACUGCUUGUCGGAACAAAUGCUUCCGGUACAGUUUCUCCUCCGCCGGUCUCCGGUCAUCGACGGCCGAUCUCGGCGACGGCACCAUCGUCCACUGCUGGGUCCCACGGACCCACCUCGACCACAAGCCCACGCUCGUCCUCCUCCACGGGAUCGGAGCCAAUGCCAUGUGGCAGUGGGACUGGUUCAUCGACCGGUUCAUCCCCCGGUUCAACGUCUACGUACCAGACCUCCUCUUCUUCGGCGACUCGCACACGACUCGGCCCGAGCGAUCCGAGUCUUUCCAGGCCAGGUGCGUCAUGGCCGUGAUGGAUGCCCACGGGGUCCGGACCAUGGCCGUUGCCGGGAUCAGCUACGGCGGGUUCGUGGCGUACGCCAUGGCGGCGCAGUUUAAGGAGAGGGUCGAGCGCCUGGUGCUAAUUUGCGCCGGGGUGUCUCUUGAGGAGAGCGAUAUGGACAAUGGGCUUUUUAAGGUGAAGAGCGCGGAAGAGGCGGCGACGAUUCUGUUUCCUCAGUCUCCGGCCAAGCUCCGGCAACUUCUCCGGCUUGCUUUCUUCAAGCCGCCGAUCGUAAUCCCUUCCUGCAUCGCCAAUGACUAUAUCCGCAUGAUGUGUACGGAGCAUCUUCAAGAGAGGACAGAAUUGGUGGAAGCACUUCAUAAGGGCAGGAGAUUCUCCAACCUUGCAAAGAUAACACAGCCGACAAUGAUAAUAUGGGGAGAUGAGGAUCAAGUAUUCCCGGUGGAAUUGGCUCAUAGACUAAAAGGACACCUCGGAGAGAACGCUCGACUCACGAUACUGAAGAAGACAGGACACGCCAUUAACGAAGAAAAACCGAAAGAGAUGUAUAAAUACAUGAAAUCCUUUCUGGUAGAUACGGUCCUGUCUCCAAAAGACAAGCCAAAAGACUCAAACUGAUGAAGAGUUAUGUUCCUAAAGCUCGACCCAAACAUUCAUGGUCUGAUUGCAUAUGGGAAGAACGAGGAGGAGCUGGUGAAAGAGAAAGCACUGUGAAAGACAAGUUACUGUAAAAGAUCUUAUUUGAGUCCUGAGAUGAAACAUCAUUCGAUGGUGUUCUUUUGCUUGGAAACUUCUGGUUCAACGAGAGGCUUCUGAUAUAUACAUAAUUAAACCGGACAUAUGUGAUUGUAUGCGCGCGAGUAUAUCAUACAUCUAUUUGGAA